CUAAACGUUACUGUAAAAAUUCGAGCCCAACCAGCAGCACAACAAGCAGUUAUGCGCCUAGCAGCAGCAGCAAUAUGAGCUGUGGAGGAGGCAGUAGCGCCAGCAGUACCUGCAGCAAGAGCAGCUUUGACUAUACCCAUGACAUGGAAGCAGCGCACAUGGCUGCUACGGCUAUCCUGAAUCUUUCCACUCGCUGCAGGGAGAUGCCUCAGAACCUCUCCACAAAACCUCAGGAUCUUUGUUCCAGGAACCCAGAUAUGGAGGUUGAUGAAAAUGGGACGUUGGACUUGAGUUUAAACAAGCAACGACAGCGAGAUGGCUGCUGCACCAUCUUGACGCCGCUGGAACCGAUGUCACCGCAACAACAGGCUGUGAUGAAUAACAGGUGUUACCAGCUGAAUGAGAGUGACUGCUGGGAUUUGCCUGUGGACUACACAAAAAUGAAGCCUAGCACGAUAGAUGAAGAUGAUUCCAAGGAGAUUAAUCCAGAAGACUUAGAUCCUUUCCAAGAGGCAUUAGAAGAAAGAAGGUAUCCUGGGGAAGUCACCAUCCCAAGUCCUAAACCCAAAUAUCCUCAAUGCAAAGAGAAUAAAAAGGAUUUAAUAACAUGUCCAACACCAGGGUGUGAUGGGAGUGGUCAUGUGACUGGUAAUUACGCCUCACAUAGAAGUCUGUCUGGCUGCCCACUGGCUGAUAAAAGUAUUCGAAGUAUGCUGGCCACAAGCUCACAGGAACUCAAGUGUCCAACCCCUGGUUGUGAUGGCUCUGGACACAUUACUGGGAAUUAUGCUUCACAUCGAAGCCUUUCUGGUUGUCCUCGAGCAAAGAAAAGUGGGAUUAGAAUAGUACAAAGUAAAGAAGACAAGGAAGAUCAAGAGCCAAUUAGAUGUCCAGUUCCUGGUUGUGAUGGUCAGGGUCAUAUAACUGGGAAAUAUGCAUCUCAUCGUAGUGCAUCAGGGUGCCCUCUUGCUACUAAAAGGCAAAAGGAUGGGUAUCUGAAUGGCUCCCAGUUUUCUUGGAAGUCAGUGAAGACGGAAGGUAUGUCAUGUCCAACUCCAGGAUGUGAUGGCUCUGGACACGUCAGUGGUAGCUUUCUUACACAUAGGAGUCUAUCAGGAUGCCCCAGAGCUACAUCAGCAAUGAAGAGAGCAAAGCUGUCGGGAGAACAAAUGCUUACAAUAAAGCAGCGGGCUAGUAAUGGAAUAGAAAAUGACGAAGAAAUUAAACAGUUAGAUGAAGAAAUAAAAGAGCUAAAUGAAUCCAACUCCCAGAUGGAAGCUGAUAUGAUUAAACUUCGAACUCAGAUUACCACAAUGGAAAGCAACCUGAAGACAAUAGAAGAAGAAAACAAAGUAAUUGAACAACAAAAUGAGUCUCUCCUUCAUGAAUUGGCCAAUUUGAGCCAAUCUUUAAUUCAUAGUCUAGCUAAUAUCCAGCUACCGCAUAUGGAACCAAUCAAUGAACAAAAUUUUGAUGCUUACGUGACCACUUUGACGGACAUGUAUACAAAUCAAGAUCGUUAUCAGAGUCCAGAAAAUAAAGCCCUACUGGAAAAUAUAAAGCAGGCUGUGAGAGGAAUUCAGGUGUGA